AUGGUUGUAACAGAAUCUAAUAUGAUUUCUAAUCCUACUUUGCCUUGCAGUGUUCUUGACCCUAAAAUUGAGGCCAAGGAGGAGAUGUCUAACAUGUUGUCUAUCUUACAGUCUAAUCAUGAUGAUUCCUGCACUAAUGUGUCUUCUCCAGUGAGUGAUCCUAUCCUCUCAGCGUCAACCUGCGAGCUGCCGUCUGUAAGCUGUGAUGUGAUCCAGUGUUCUCCAAAGGUGGGGGCUGCUGCUGCCGCUGCGAGCAGCAGGAAUUCUAAGAAUUCACCAGAGGUCGCGACGCUGCAGAAAGGUCAAAUCCUUAACAAAUGUCAAAUAAGUGAUCACCCUAAUUUUUUAUGUGAUUUGUUUCAGAUCAAAGGCCGAUACUUUCUUGAUUCCUAUCUCCAAGAUGAACUUAUUGGGCCAAUCAGGGGUUUACUUGACACAGGAUCACAAGCCACUAUAUUGUCAUAUAGUUACUUCCAACAAGUAUUGGAGGUGACAGCAAAGAAGCCGAAACUGAAAUCGUUUGAUGGCUCUUUGAUAAGUGUCGGCGGAGACGCUUUGCAGGUAAAAGGUACAUCAUGGUUAAAAUUCAAAAUUGGCAAGAAGAUAAUUAGACAUCCCACACUGAUUGUGGACCUUCCCUAUGAUCGGCUGAUCAUAGGAAUCGACCUCCUGAGAAGAUUGAGUUCCAUAGUAGACUUCAUCAAUGAAGCCGUCUGGACUCAGGUGAAGGCACCCAUUGCCUAUGAGUACUCUUGCAAUGCACAAUCCCAACGUAAUUGUCAUGUGAUUGAGGAAAGGUUUAACUCUGUUGAAGUGCAUUUUAGGAACAAUCAAACGCCGGAUGUCACGAUCCUGAAAAAUGGUGAGUCCGAGGAAGCCGUCAACGGUGCCGCACAUACCAUAACCAUCCAGAAGGACAGAAUUGAAAAGGUAACCCUGGAUGGGGAUGCAUUAACUAUUUCUCUUAAAGGAAGAAGUUACGAAGUCGCGGACCUGACCAGGCAUACUCAAUCCAUGGUACGGAUUGAGAAGGUUAAUGAUAACUUAUUGAUUCCCGUACAGGUGAACAAUAUGGCCCGGGUGAAAUACACCAAGUUGGAUCUGAAAUCCGAAGCCAGUUACAUAAGCCUGAGUCUCUUGAAACAGAUUGCUAAUCCUAAAAUGAUUAAAGUUUCCUCUCCACAGGACCAAUGGGUUCAUGAUCUGGAUGGAGAUUCACAGAGUCAUAAUGUGAUUGCAAGAUGUCUUUUGUCUAUUUCCAUAGGAGAUAAAACCACAGAACAUUUAUUCAUUGUGUCAAUGAAUCCAGUAAGAACUGGGAUGUAAAGUUGCCUCUGGUUCUCAUGGCCAUCAGAGCCACUCCAAGCGCAGCAACCAAACUUUCUCCCUUCGAAAUGAUCACAGGAAGGAAGAUGGUGUUACCCCAGCAUUUACUCUACCGGACAACAGACCAAAAUUUGAUAAAUGCUUCAACAGCCCAUCAAUACAUAGAGAAUCUACGUCACAACUUCGCCAAAUGGAAGGAUUGCCGGAUGAUGAGGAGUAAAGAGAUAUCAAGGUUCCAGCUAAAGAUGGAAACCAAGGAUUGGUAUAGUAUGAACAUACAAAUGUACUAACCUAUCCUCAUGUAUUUUCCUCUGUAACUAAUUAUCUCUUGACUCACUUUUGUAUCGAGAACUUGCUCUGUCCAAGAAAAGAAACGAUGCCAAAUCAAAGGUGUAUGGUCGUAUUAACUCUUUUCUUGCAGGAGUGAUAAAAAGUGGAAUAUGUAUGUACUUAUAUUUGUCAUACAAUAUAUUUCAGGCGCAAGAUGGCAUCGAGUGUUGUUGCCGUUAUCUACAUCAUCCUGAUCUUGGGGAAGGAGUUCCAGGCUGAGCCGAUUGCUGUACCAGGCCCUUCAUCUGGGAUCAUGCUACAGGAUACCACGGGAUUCCUCUUGACGAAUAAGAGGAUUCUAUCCCAAAAGAUCUACGUCAGUUUGGAUCCACGUGUCUUCGUCGAAAGACAGUUCAACAUUUCCGAGAUUUCGUCUCCGGAGAUAAAGAUUUGGUAUCAAAUGCAUAUCGGCUAUUCCCAAGAAAGGAUUACACAGAUCCUGGAACAGACAAGGAAAACCAUGACUAGAGAACAGUUUUCAACAAGUCGACGACCAAAGCAGUUCGUUUCUGCGAUU